UGUGCUAAACAUCCGGGCUAUCUGUACUAUAGAGGGAAGAUGGCGGCGGCAGUACUACCUGCUGAUUGGAUAAAGAAUUGGGAAAAAUCCGGAAAAAAUGACUUCGUACAGUUGUGUCGCAGCCUCAGUGAAAAAGGACAGGAAAAUGUGACGUUCAAAGAUAUGGAGCAGGCUCUUUAUGAGCUAGCCUGUCAUGUAAUUAAAGGAAAUCUGAAGCAGGAUCAAGCUGCUGGAGUGCUGACCGAGAUCAUAGAUUUCAGGGAUGACAUGCCUUCUAUCCUAGCAGAUGUCUUCUGUGUUCUGGACAUUGAAACAAGCUGUUUGGAGGAGAAAUGGAAGAGAGAUCAUUUUACCCAGUUGGUCUCAUCGUGUCUGUAUCUGGUAUCUGACACUAUCCUGAAGGAGCGUCUGGAUCCUGAAACACUGGAAUCAUUAGGACUCAUCAAGCAGUCCCAGCAAUUCAAUCAGAAAUCUGUCAAAAUAAAGACCAAACUUUUUUAUAAACAGCAGAAAUUCAAUUUAUUACGAGAAGAAAAUGAAGGAUAUGCUAAAUUAAUUUCAGAGCUUGGGCAAGAUCUGUCGGGGAGUAUAACAAGCGAUUUAAUCCUGGAGAAUAUCAAAUCCUUGAUUGGAUGUUUUAACUUGGAUCCAAAUAGAGUUUUAGAUAUCAUCUUGGAAAUAUAUGAAUGCAGACCAGAUCAUGAUGAUUUUUUUGUCCCACUACUUGAAUCUUACAUGGGUAUGUGUGAACCUCAGACGCUCUGCCACAUCCUUGGAUUUAAAUUCAAGUUUUACCAGGAGCCUAAUGGAGAGACCCCCACUUCUUUGUACAGAGUCGCUGCUGUUCUUCUACAAUAUAAUUUGAUUGAUUUGGAAGACCUUUAUGUACAUCUUCUGCCAUUAGAUAGCAGCAUUCUUGAAGAACACAAAAAAGAAGUUGUAGAAGCGAGACAGCUAAUGAGAAAAAUGACGAUGGUGGUUCUUUCAUCUGAAAAGUCUGAAGAAAAAGAUAAGGAGAAAGAAAAGGACGAGGAAAAAGCAGAGAAGGCUCCUGACAACCAGAAACUUGGAUUACUGGAAGCUCUUCUGAAGAUCGGGGACUGGCAGCAUGCCCAAAGCAUAAUGGAUCAGAUGCCUCCAUUUUAUGCCACAUCACAUAAGCCAAUUGCAUUAGCACUGUGUCACCUUAUCCAUGUCACUAUAGAGCCCCUGUACCGAAGGGUUGGAGUGCCCAAAGGUGCCAAGGGAUCUCGUGUGUUCUCAGUGUGCAGCAAGAAGGCCCCCAAACCAGUGGAAUGCUUUGAAGACUUAAGAAGGGAUGUUUUCAGCAUGCUUUGUUUCCUUGGACCAUACCUGUCCCAUGAUCCCAUUUUACUAGCAAAAAUAGUCCGUCUGGGCAAAUCUUUCAUGAAGGCUUAUGAGUUUCAGACUGAUGCAAGUAAAGCAGAAGAGAGAGAGAGGAUUGAAGUCCUGUUCAGCUGCUUUUUAAGCAUCACGGACCAAGUUUUACUCCCGUCAUUAACGUUAAUGGAUUGUAAUGCAUGUUUGUCCGAGGAACUUUGGGGCAUGAUUAAAACAUUCCCAUACCAAUACAGCCACCCGUAG